GUUCUAAUGUAGAGUUUAGUUUGUCGAUGCCAAAUUAAAUAUUUCACUGGACUAUAUGGUCAUUAGUGGUACUGAAAAGGAAAAGGAAAAGAAUCUAAACUUAGAACUUUCGAGACAGGAACAGUGAUUGGAAAGACGCACAAUUAAGUACGUACAUGUACCAUAAGAAAGGAAAUACAACUCGUGCUGGUUGUAAUGAACUUCCCCUACGAUGAGGUUAUAAGAGAUACAUCUUAGUCCGAGGGCUGGUUUUCUCAAUUGUAUAUAGCCCGAGGCUUGUUUCAGCUGCUUAGAGUUUUAAACAAACGGCCUUGGCAAUGAACUAAUAAACAGUGUUCCUUAUCGGUGAGUGUGUCAAAAGAGCUACCAAUACUAGUACCGUUCAACACAGGAGACUGAUGACUAAGUUUAGGGAGAUGUGGAUUAGCGACAAUUACCGUAAACAGUUCAUCAUUGAUUGAAUAGUUCAUAAAGAACAGAAGGUAGACCGUUGCAGAUGAUGUGGAAAAUGUAAAUUCAGGUGUUCCGCGGGGAUCUGUUGUUGGUUUUAUAUUGUUUGUUGUUUGCUUUAGUACGGCUUUCCCAGAUCGUUGCAAACGGAUUUAUUCUUAUUCGCUGAAAACUAACAUCUUUCACGUAUUAAAUCAAAUACAACCAAAAGAGGCUCUCGAAAACGUUGAAAAAUUGAUGCGACAAAUAAUUUAAAAGACGGUUCUGAUACCUCUUGCACAUUUGAUACUGAAGCUCAGAAUAGAAGAAAUAUAAAGGGUUCCCCUUAGUUUCGUCUGUUACAGUAGAUGAGGUAAAAUCUUAUUGAUUGUAGUUGUACUGUUUCACCACACUUCUAUGUUACCUUUUGUUGAAGUGAUAUUAUUACCACAUACCUAAUGUAGCGUUCAAAGAUACAUUAUUUUUACAAUAGUUUGUUAUCCUUAUUAUCCAUGAAACGCAAAGUUAAUUGAUGAAGCCUGUGACCUAUCAGAACAAUCCCAGGUAAAAACAAAUAUUGACCAGAUCGCCGCACCACGUCUCAUUACGUACCGCCGGGGGGUGAAGGAUUAACACUGUCAUCCGCAGCAAUCAGUGUUUAUUGAGGAAAAUUAAGUUAGAUGGCCUGCGACGUGAUUAUAGAUCGCCUCGCCUUGGACGAGCUGCUCUGAUAAGGCGAUACAUGAUCAUGAAGGCGAGAAGAUUAAGGAGAGCCACUACCGCACAGACACCAAGUCUAGUUUCCAGACCUGUUUCACCUCUGCUAUUGACGUACUUACAAAGAUAAGAUCUGACCUUGCACGUGACAUUGAGAUAGUGUUUGAUGUAACCGGAACUACUUCUUCGUGUCUUCAGCCGGAACUAUGUAUAACAUGAGAGGGGAUUAUCUCUGAGAAAUGAUGGAUUAGACAAUAACGCCAGACCAGAAUGUGUACUGGACUAAACACCGGUUCUUUCAGAGACAUCACAGAGUGCUGCAGUCGUUUUUGUUUAGUGUGGAAUUCGACCCAUACUUAAACAUGAGUUUUGCAGGCAUUGCCAAUAGAACAUGCGUUCCUGGAGAUCCCGUACAACCGUCGGCACUUCUGCUUUCCAUGCUGAAGUAUGUGGACGCGCCACCUCUUCCUGUUAAACCAACAUGGGAAAUAACCCUCAAGAUCCUUUUCUAUGCCUUAUCCUUCGUGGUGGACGUGGUAGGCAAUGUCAUAGUGGUAAUCAUAAUAUACCUGAACAAACGGAUGAGGUCUACCACCAACAUUCUCAUCCUCAACCUAGCCAUCUCCGACAUUAUGGUGGGUCUCUUCUGUAUGUGGGUGCAUCUCGGGAACCAGAUCAGCGCUAACUGGCCAUUUGGACCUUUUAUCUGUAAAGCCAGCACCUUCACACAGGUUUUUGCCGUAACCUCGAGUGUACUUACACUGACCGUGAUUUCAAUAGAACGGUUCUUCGCCAUAGUGUUCCCGUUGAAGGGUAAGAUGUCACAGUGCGUCAUGGGACUGUCCAUAGCGGUUUCGUGGCUCGUCUCCGCUGCAAUCGCAGCACCGCAACUCUUCGUGCGUAAAGUCAUCAGAUACGAAUUCAAGAAUAGAGACGAGGUUUUCUGUACCGAAAUUUGGCCCAAAUUUUAUAAGAACGCGGCAUGCAUAUCGCACGAACCAGGGAAGGUGAUUUACUACACGAUCGAGGGCAUAGUUAUGUAUGUGAUUCCCGUAAUCAUCAUGAUUGGCGCUUACACCGUCAUUGCGCUCAAACUGAUGCUGAGGAAGGCGCCUGGUAACAGUUUGCGCUCAACCUCAUCUUCACAGGACAGGACGCGCAAAAAGGUAAUCAAGAUGUUGGUUGCCGUGUUGGUGGUGUUCGUGUUGUGCUGGACGCCGCAGCAGUACUUCCUUCUUUGGGAAGUGUUUAGGUCCCACACCACCAAGACUUCGAAGUAUGUGCCGACCAUCAAAUAUAUAGCAGUGUACUUCGCCUACCUGAACAGUGCGAUCAAUCCUAUUCUGUACGCAGGCUUCAACGAGAACUUCCGGCGGGGAUUUACGGAGGCAUUUAAAUGUAGUUUGUGGCGAAAGAGGAACCAGGUGACCCCAGCUGGGAGGCUGAGCUGUAAUGCCGAGACCGGCCGGGCGCUCUGUUGUUACCGCGUUUGAUGGGUCUAAAGCUGGAGACAGCAGUGCAGGGGUGACCCUCAACAGUCACGCCUAGUACGUCACGUGACGGCAGUGCCGGGAUGACCCUCAACAGUCACGCCUAGUGACGUCACGUAAUAGCAGUGCCGGGGUGACCGUCAACAGUCACGCCUAGUGACGUCACGUAAUAGCAGUGCCGGGGUGACCGUCAACAGUCACGCCUAGUGACGCUAUAUAUAACUUUCCACCUACACCCUAGUUGGACCAGUUGUGUCUUUGUUCUUUAUCAGAACCCGUGAUGGGACACGCCUCUAAUCUUCGUGAAUAACUGAAAUAACUUAGUGAGAUAAAAUCAAUGGAUUGUCCAGGACUCUGACCUAUCAUUGUAGAUACAAAUGUAUUUGUGAGAGUAAUGUAACAGUUACAGACACUGACCUGUCAAUGUGACACGCCUCGAUUUCUGCGGUUACU